AUGUUAGCUGGCUUGGCAGCUAUAGACAGUCGCAUCAAAACUCGCACUGGCCACCUUUGGGAAGAAGUCUUUACCAACGCUGCUCAGCACAACUCUCUUACGACAGUAGCUAUUGGUCCGACUUGGAGAGGUAAUUUGGUUGCAGCUAAUGCUUGGUCUUCGAGCCAUGGGCUGAGCCAUAUUGGAGAUGGGCAACACGUCGGCUUCAUAAACGACUUUUAUGACGAUGAAGGAUGGUGGGCAUCGGCAUGGAUCGCAGUGUACGAUCUAAAUCACGAUUCGAAAUACCUCGAUCAAGCAGUUACCAUCUUCAACGACUUGGACGCAGCCUGGAACAGCACUCCAGUCGGGGGUCUUUGGUGGAACAAGAAGCAUGAAUAUGUCAAUGCGAUCACAAACGAACUUUACUUCUCCAUAGCUGCUCAUUUGGACAACCGUUGUCCUAACGAUCGAGAACGAUACAUCAAUUCCGCACAAGCAGCCUGGCGUUGGCUCUUCUCCAGUGGUAUAUUCACUAGUCAGCGCAACGUCAAGGACGGGCUAGCAGUCGGCAGUAAUCCAGGCGCAACCGAAAUAGUCUGGUCUUACAACCAAGGUGUUGUCCUUUCCGCUCUGACAGAGUUAAGUGCCGCCACAUUUCAAGAUCUUUAUAUUGGCAUUGCGAAGCUCAUAGCAGAUGCAGCUCUUGCAAAUCUGACAUCAGCAGAUGUUAACGAGGAUGCGGUCGCGACGUUGCGAGACCCUUGUGAAGCAGAGAUGUGGUGUGGAAUAGAUGGGGCGACCUUCAAAGGCGUAUUUGCUCGAAACCUGGCUCAUCUUCACUCAGUCUCGCCCGAAGAUAAAUAUGCUGAAUUUCUGCGAAACAACGCAGAUGCACUGUGGACGAGGAGCCGAGAUCAGUACAACCGACUCGGUCUAGUCUGGGGCGGACCUUUCACCGAGCCUGCUGGUGCCAGUAUGCAGUGUAGUGGCAUGGACUUAUUUGUGGGUGCGCUUUCGCAGCUGGGAGAAUGGAACAGUGACACAGAGUCCGCGAAGAGCGGCAUUGGGAAGAGGUCUUUCAACGCCAGGACUGGGAGGUUGACACGCGAAUUUUUUGGACUGUGGUGA